AUGAGCGAUGAGGAGUUCUGGGGGAUUUUGGGGCUUUCUGAGGAUGUGGGGCCCCGCGCUGUCUUCAACGCUUUGUCUAAAUGGAGAAAAGAAAAUAAAACUUCUCCUCUCGCUCCUAAGCUGCACCGCAAGUGGCUUGAAGUAUUCGAGAAGCGGCUGCUGCAGCAGCUGCAGCAGCUGCAGCAGCAAGAAGAAAUCGCCGCAAAAAGAGACACUUGGAGCAGCAGGUUCUUCAGAUUGCUGCUGGGAGGAGACACCCUCAAUGCUGCACAACCCAGGGACCUUGUAAGGAGACCCAGUGAGAUGGAUCCUCAAUACGCAGAGACUGCGGGGCUGUCUCCCCGCUUCCGCUCCCUAGUAGAGGAGGUGCAGCAGCAGCAGCAGCAGCAGCAGCACGGAAGCAAUUCGAGCUUUCUAAAGAGGUACACGGACCCCAAAACCAGCAGCAACACCAACUGCAGCAGCAGCAGCAGCAACACCAGCAGCAGCAACAGCAACAGCUGCAGCAGCAGCAGGCCCAGCACAGCGUUUCAGUUAGGACUAAGCUCGUUGCUGCCCCUUAGGAGAGUAUUAACUGGGGGUGUAAUCGCCCAGUGGUGGUUGGCCUCCGCGCUGCACCGCCUGAAGGCCCCCCAGCAGCAGCAGCAGCAGCAGCAGCAGCAGUUGCAGCAGCAGCAGCAGCAGGAGCAGGAGCAGCAGCAGGAAGAGGGAGGAUAUGAGGAGGAUAUGGAGGAGCAGGAAGGGACUGAGUGGCUCUUCGACGACCCCGAGUUUCCUCUCAGCUUUAAGGAAGACUGA